CAAGCAUUGUGCUAGCUCAACCAAUGAGAUGCUUGUGUUCAUAAGAGUGCCCACAUUGCUCACAUUCGAAUCUUCGUUCCCUCGAACAGAACACUUCGCAUAGUUACCUCGAAGAAUAAUAUCCAAAAAUGGCUGAUCAACUCACAGAAGAACAAAUUGCUGAAUUCAAGGAGGCCUUCUCCCUGUUCGACAAGGAUGGUGAUGGCACAAUCACCACCAAGGAGUUGGGCACUGUCAUGCGUUCUCUGGGACAGAACCCAACAGAAGCUGAACUUCAAGACAUGAUCAAUGAAGUCGAUGCAGAUGGAAAUGGAACCAUUGAUUUCCCUGAAUUUCUAACUAUGAUGGCAAGAAAAAUGAAGGACACAGACAGCGAAGAAGAAAUCAGGGAAGCAUUCCGUGUGUUCGACAAGGACGGCAAUGGUUUUAUCAGUGCUGCUGAGCUCAGACAUGUCAUGACCAACCUCGGCGAGAAACUCACAGAUGAGGAGGUCGAUGAGAUGAUCAGGGAGGCUGAUAUUGAUGGAGAUGGUCAAGUCAAUUAUGAAGAAUUUGUGAAAAUGAUGACAUCAAAGUAAAUUCUUCCGUACCCAUCUACAUUCUACAGCUGUACUGCACAUCUCUAUAGUACUAGCGUCACGGGAUCUCAGUCGCCCAUUUAAAUUAUAUGAAAACCAUCACUUUUUUAUCAAGAUUAUUGGCACACUGAUCUAUCAAAGACAUGUUUACUAGGUUGUUUUUUCUUUUCUAAAUCAUUGCUAUUUUCCAAGUACAGUGGCAACUUAGGCUGUGUUGAGCUACAUAACAUGCCAUCAUCAACACUGUAAAAAAAAAAAAUGUUAUUUGCCAGGUGUAUGUAUUCUUCGUAGGUAUAUUAAAUAGAAGUGAUCUUGAUCAAUAAAAUUUCUUUGGGAACAGA